AUGUGUAUUGACUAUCGCCAGUUGAACAAGGUUACAGUGAAGAACCGUUAUCCUUUGCCUCGUAUUGAUGAUCUAUUUGACCAGUUUCAAAGCGCACGGGUGUUUUCUAAGAUUGAUUUGCGCUCAGGUUACCAUCAGUUGAAUAUUCGGGAGCCAGAUAUCCUGAAGACUGCUUUCAGGACUCAGUAUGGCCAUUACGAGUUUCUUGUUAUGUCAUUUGGGCUGACCAAUGCCCCAGCAGCUUUUAUGCAUUUGAUGCAUAGUGUAUUCCGGCCAUAUCUUGACUCUUUUGUCAUUGUCUUUAUUGAUGACAUUCUGGUAUAUUCCCAGAGUCGGGAAGAUCAUGAGCAGCAUCUGAGGACAGUACUUCAGACUCUGAGGGAAAAGAAGUUAUAUGCAAAGUUUUCAAAAUGUGAGUUCUGGUUGGAUUCUGUGGUGUUCUUAGGCCACCUGGUAUCGAGUGAGGAGCUUGCAGCAUUUGUUCAAGAAAAUGGAUCUAAAUUUGCGCCAGAAGAGGUGGUAAGAGUUGCUGAAGGAUUAUGA